AUGAAUUAUGAUUUUAGUUUGCAAUCUUGUUGUGACAAAAAUCAAAAUACAACAUAUAUAACUAUUUUAUGUUGUGCAUUAGUAAAUAUAAUAUGUUGGAAAUGUAAAUUUUUAGAGCCAUUUAAAUUGUUGACUGUUUUUUUGCAUGAAUUUUCUCAUGCAUCCGCUUGUUGGAUAACCGGAGGCAAGGUGAAGGGGAUAGAGGUAAAUAGAGAUCAUGGAGGGUGCACAAAUACCAUAGGUGGAGAUAUGUUUUUCAUUCUUCCAGCAGGAUAUAUUGGGUCAUGUUUUUAUGGAAUGUUUUUUAUUUUAAUGGCAUAUAUUAACAAAUGGACCUUAUUAGCAUCAGCAGUAUUUUUAUGUUUUUUAUUAUUAAUUGUAUUAACAUUUUAUGCAAAAAAUUUUUUUUUACGAUUUCUUUGUAUUUUAUUUUUGGGUAUAAUAAUAGGAACAUGGGGUAUUGGUGUGUCUUUUAACGAAUCAAAAUAUUGGCCCUUAAAAGUGAUAAUGACAUUUAUGGGGGUUUUAAAUGAAAUGUAUAGUAUGGUAGAUAUUUUUGAUGAUUUAAUCACAAGAACAACACCCGAAUCAGAUGCAUAUAAAUAUGCAAAAUUAACAAAAUGCAAUUCUAAAUUUUGUGGAGUAUUAUGGUGUGUAAUUAAUUUAGGUUUUAUUAUUCUGACAAUGUAUUUAAUAGGUGCUAUUCAUGUAAAGCCAUUUGAAAACUAA